AUGGAUGCCUUUGUGACAAAGCUGCCGGACACUGAAAAAGACGGCAACGGAGUCGGGCUGGUACCGAGUCACGGUUCUGCUCCGGGAAGACCGCCGAAGCGAUUGAAGAGAGACGUUAUCGACAGCUCGGCAUCAGGAGGAGCAGAAGAAUCCUCGUCGGAAGACGAUGCCGCGAGAAGAACCGAAGAUUACGGGAGCACCAGCGAGAAAGAGAACACGCGGCAAAAGCAUGGCAUCACCGAUGUCGAGAACGUUUUACCACCAACGCAAAAUGACGACCACGCCAUCGAAGAGUAUGAGCUUGCAAAGUCAUCGCAAACAAGCUCUCAUGAGCGUGGCGCAAAUGAAACAACGCGGCCAUUGUGGAUCAAAGGAAGGAGCUCCAUCUACGUCGAUGCCUUCAAUCUCGCCCUUGAUACCGUGCUCGAGGAGGAGUCGCAGCUCUUCAACGAGAGGGAAAUGGAGGUAUUUCGACGGUGGAGAGACCUGGACUAUGAGUCCCAAUUUCUCUAUGUUCGAUUAUUUCUUCGCAAAACUGCGGCGUGGCAUCGGUCCAGUCGCUUGGGAUACCACGCAGAUGUCUCGGAUCCGCUGGUGGCGAUUGAAUCGCUGCAGAAAACACGGCGACUCCCACGGACUGAAGCCGAGGACGCAAAAGAUCUGAUCCCUGGCCUUAACCUUGAAGAAAACAGCCUCGAGGAGUCUUUCACUUUCGCCGACGCAUCGGAGGACCACAUCACGACGGUCGAUGAAGCAGCACCGCUACUGUACCUUGACGAGCUCAAGGCCUUGGCUAAGGAGGCGAAGGUUCAGGGUCGGAACAAGGCGGAACUAAUCAGAGGCCUCUGCCGGACGAGCCAGCAGCAAGCAGGGCUCCGUAAGGAGGAUUCGAGCCGGGAACAGCACUUUUUGGAUAAGAUGUUGUCCAUGAUUGGCCCAUGCGUUCGCCUGUCGCCGGCCACGUUCAAGCUCUUUGAGCGUGUGCACCUCGUCUUUUACAGAUCGACGGAGUGGACAGAAAAGUCACUCACGACUAUCAUUCUCGCCAAGAUUGCGCGGCGGAGUUUCCCCGAGUACAUAGUGUGCCGCACGUCGACUAUCUUUGCGUCUCGCAUGCACCUUUUGGAAUUCGAGACUGCCAUACGGAUGGAGGCCGAGGUGGACAUCAUACUGGAAUUCAACGGCACUCCGAGCGAAGCAGAUUUGCAAAAGAUUGUCCAUGUCUUUGAAAGAACGCACCCUCGAUGGCAGAGAUUUGUUGCGGAGGAGCAGGACAAGGAGCGGACAGUGUACGAAAUGGGUGAGGGGGCGUACUUGAGAAGGUUCAAUCCCGCCCACGCCUACACUCGCAUCAUUCACAAAGCAAUGUAUGUGUUUGGGCGGCGCAAGGAGCACAGGAAAGAACACAGCCUGCUGAUUGAGCUGCUGGGACAGAAGCUAUUUCACCUAGCCCGAAGGGGCGCCUGGUAUCAACGCAAGGCUCUUUUGGAGGAACACUACAUGCCGAAGCCAGACGGGGAUGCCCUUCCUCACGAUCUGGAGCACCAGAAGAGGCACUGGAAGCGAAUAGCCGUGGCGACAUGCGAGACUGGCCUGCAGGACCCCGACUGCCACCUCAUAUACCACUAUGAUCUCCAGAAGCGGCUGCUGAAGCUGGAGAAGAAGCUGCGCAUCCCUCGGCGGCUGCAGCAUGACUUUGGCCACGUCCGCCUUGCCGAGCCCCUUGAGAUGACAAUCGAGGGGAUUCAGCUCAAGCGAGACUUGGCGCCCAAGCCUGGUGCCCAAGCUGCCUCGACCAAAACGGUAUGGCUGGACGAGCUAGACUCUGGAGGCGAGUGCAGCGUAGAAGAUAUGUGUCUGAGCCACUUUCGGCGGCAGGGCUGGAAGGGGUACCACGCCGAGGGGGGCGUGUUGCGUACGCUCUUCGCCUAUCUCUUCUACGACGUACUCUUUCUGUACAUCCCCAACGUGUUUCAGACGGCCUACCAGACGUGUCCGCUGGACCUACACACGGACGCCUUCUUCCCGGCGCGGGCCUCGGAAAUCAACCACCGUCUGGUGGAGAUUGCCAACGGGGAGGGAGAACGGCUCUUGCGUGAGGUAUGGGAGCGGGAGCACGAGCGACGGACGAGCGUGGUUGGCCUGAACUGGGACUUUGACGUGGAAGACGUGGCCGAGCUGGUGCGGUGCUUUGAGGGCAGCGCUCUGUCAGCGAUUUGCAAGGUGAUGGCGCAGGAGUACAAGCAGAGAGGUGGAGGCGUGCCGGACCUGGUGCUGUGGCGGACGCGGCGCGGCGAGGUCAUGUUUGCCGAGGUCAAGAGCGCCAACGACCGACUGAGCGACACACAGAGGGUAUGGAUCCACGUCCUGACGGGCGCCGGGGUCAAGGUGGCGCUGUGCAACGCGGUUGCCAAGGAGGUUAGGGAAGUGGAUUAA